AAUCCACGUGACUCUGGCGAGGAUUUUGAUACGGAGUAACCCUGGCGCUUGGCUCGUUCAGAGUCGUGUAUCAGAGUCUGGUGGAGACAGCAGGACCAUUAUACAUUGGUUUCAUUUAUUAUUUUCUUUAAAAAAAAAAUAUAUAUAUAACACAAAAUUAAAAAAAAAAACCCCCAACAGGAGCGAGGAUGCCGGAACAGAUCAGCGUCUCCGAGUUUGUCAGCGAGACUUUGGAAGACAUCAACUCGCCGAUUACCUCCAACUUUACAUCGAAAAUGACGAACUGCAGGAACACGGUGACUGCUCUGGAAGAGUCGCUGGAAGCAGAUCAGACCAUCUUACUGAAGAUGAAGAAGUUGGUUAAGGCCAUUCACUCCUCCGGACUUGCACAUGUGGAAAAUAAAGAGCAGUACAUUGAAGUUCUGGAAAGCUUUGGAAAUCACCACCUAUCUCAGAAUAAGAAUGAGUUGUCCACAGGCUUCCUCAACCUGGGUGUUUUCACACGUGAAGUGACUGCACUCUUCAAGAAUCUGACUCAAAACAUGAACAACAUCCUCUCCUUCCCAUUGGACAGCCUGCUGAAAGGGGAUUUGAAGGAAGGAAAAGGGGACCCGAAGAAACUGGUUGAGAAAGCUUGGAAGGAUUACGAAAAUAAAGUGAACAAGAUCGAAAAGGAGAAGAAAGACCGGGCCAAGCAGUUUGGACUGAACCGUUCUGAAAUAAGCCCUGCAGAAAUUGCAGAGGAUUUGGAGAAAGAGAGAAAGAUGUUCCAACUCCAGAUGUGUGAGUAUCUCCUCAGGGUGAGUGAAAUAAAGAUUCGCGAAGGGCCUGACCUCCUCCAAAGCCUCAUCAAGUACUUCCAUGCUCAGCAGAAUUUCUUCCAGGAUGGUCUCAAGGCAGCUGAGAGCUUAACUCCUUUUGUGGAAAAAUUGGCGGUGAUUAUACACUCGUUGAAGCAAGUGCAGGAUGAGGAGAUGAAACAACUCACACAGAUCAGGGACUCCCUCAGAUCGGUGCUCCAGGUGGACCACAAAGAGGAAUGUUUGAAUCGGAAAAAUUCUGGCUACAGCAUACACCCUCUUCCAGGAAACCGGAUGUAUGGAACAGAAAAAUCUGGCUUCCUGUACAAGAAGAGCGAUGGGAUCCGAAGAGUGUGGCAGAAGAGAAAAUGUGGAGUUAAAUACGGCUAUCUUACGAUAUCACACAGUACUAUCAACAGACCUCCGGCAAAACUCAACCUGCUCACCUGCCAGGUGAGGCCGAACCUCGAAGAAAGAAAAUGCUUCGAUCUUAUAGCACAUAAUCGAACGUAUCACUUCCAGACGGAAGACGAGCAAGAAUGUCAAGUGUGGGUCGCUGUGUUGCAGAACAGCAAGGAGGAGGCGCUCAACAAUGCCUUCAAAGGAGACGCCAGCCACGGCAUCAAUGACACGGUGCAGGAGCUGACCAAAGCCGUCAUUGCUGAUGUCCGGGCGAUGGCUGGAAACGAGGUGUGCUGUGACUGCGGGGCACCAGAUCCCACUUGGCUCUCCACCAACCUGGGCAUUGUGACUUGCAUUGAGUGUUCUGGGAUUCAUCGGGAGUUGGGUGUUCACUAUUCCAGGAUCCAGUCUCUCAAUCUGGAUGUUCUGAGCACAUCUGAACUCUUGCUUGCUGUCAAUAUUGGAAACGCACGAUUGAAUGAAAUCUUUGAGGCAAACUUGCCAGCUCAGUGUGGUGUCAAACCCAGUCCAACCAGUGACAUGAAUGCCCGAAAAGAAUAUAUUACCGCAAAAUAUGUGGAACAUAAAUAUACCAAAAAAGGCAUCUGCAGAGGGGGAUUUAAGCUGUUUGAAGCCAUUCGGAACAGGGAUCUCUUGGCAUUGCUGCAGAUGUAUGGAGAAGGUGUGGAUUUUACUGCACCCCUGACACUACCCGAUGGGCAGGAGCUUGGAGAAAUACCACUGCACCUUGCUGUGCGUUUGGCUGACAGGUCCUCGCUGGCGUUGGUCGAUUUCCUCAUCCAGAAUGGGGGUGGGCUGGAUGUGAAGACAUCAGAGGGAAAUACCGCCCUCCAUUACUGCUGCCUGUACAACAAAACCGAGAACCUCAAGCUGUUGCUGAAGGGCAAGGCCAGCACACAGAUCGGGAACGUGGUCGGAGAAACGGCCCUGGACGUGGCGAAGAAGUUCAACCAUACCCGCUGCGAGGAACUGAUUGAUCAGGUGCUGGCGGGGAAGUUCAGUCCCUCAGUUCAUGUGGAGUACGAGUGGGUUAUGCAUCAGGAUUAUGCUUAUGACAGUGACGAGGACAUGGAUGAAAAGGUCAGCCCUUCGCAAAGAUCCUUCAAGUCCAGUGGUCUCAGCCAGAUCUCGCCCACCACUUCUCCGAGUAACUCCGUAACUUCCUCGUUGUUCGUCAACCCCAAUCCGUCCGGCUCCAAGAAGGAGCGAUGGAGUUUCGCCGGCACUAAUAUCGUGAAUGAGACGUACGGGGCCUUGGUGCUUCUGCCGAAGACAGUAGCUCCGUCUCCAGCCUCUGACUCGGUCCCACCACCACUGCCAAUCAAGACGUUCACCAGGGCUGGCUCCAUGGACGGGCAAAACAGACGUGGCUCCUCGUCACCGGGGCAUAGCCCUGUUCACUCGCUGGCUCCAUGCUACGUGACUCCACCCACGAAAGCUCCAGGCCGUCUGGAUCUGCCUUGGAGACACUCGGUUGAUGGGUCCACAGAUGCUUUGAGCUGCCAGAGCAGGUCGGCUUCUCAGAAGAGGUUGUCCCACCACUGGGGUUCGCUGGCUCCGACAGAACUGCCAGAGUGCCGGAGGCAGGAGCUGCCGACUGAGCCGACUCUGCAGCACUCCGAGCCACAGCCCCCUCCCAUGCAGCCAGCACCCACGCAUGAACCGCAGCCGCCACUCAGUCCCAAUCGUACAACAUUCAUCAGGAUACCCAGUGGGGGCAAAGCAGUAAAGAAGCCUAGAGAGCCAAAUUCAAGAAAUCAUGAUGAUGUCUAUAUUGUUCCUGUGAACUCCAAACCAAUCCCUGUACCACUGCCAAGAAAAUCUGUUGGGGUGAAGCUGAAACAGAAGAGGGUCAAGGCAAUCUUGGACUGUACUGCGGACAAUUCCGACGAGCUGACCUUCGCCAAGGGAGAGGUCAUUGUUGUAACUGGAGAGGAAGACUUGUUUUGGUGGCUUGGUCAAAUAGAAGGAGACAAGUCAAGGUCGGGAGCCUUUCCGGUGGACUAUGUUCAUCUGUUGUCUGAAUGACCAGAUCCACCCUAUCUCCAUUGGAACAGACUUGUAAUCUCAUGAACUUUCAAACAAAAACCCUUCGGACAUGUUGGGUUUCUGUCCACGGGUUUGGCGCGAUGGGCCGUGCCUUCAUUGGAAUGCCAACCUGGCACAUCAGCUUUGUGUCACGAUGCCCGUUGAACAUUGUUCUUGUAAUCAUUGGAGACUCACGGUUCCUCCAGCCAAGUACCGAUCAAAGGCUGGAACUGUUUUAUGUGAAGGCUGGGCCUCAGUCUGCAGUGACCAUUUUGUCCUGAUAUUUAACUGUUAUCCCUUUCAAAGGAUCCGGCUUUCACUGCCUCAUUUGAACAAGAUAUGUCCACAGAGGUAGAAGCAGCUCUCAGGAUUAUGACGGGGAAUGCUGCAGACAGGAGAUGCUCUGAAGUGCGAGCGUCUUCAUGAAUGAGCCAUGCUUCACUGAGGAGUCUUGUAGGCAUUUGUCGAUGUGUGGCUGAAACAUUACAUUAGACAGGUACUAUUUUGUAGGGUCAGUACAGAAUAAGGGUUGAAUGUUGCGUUCCAUGACUGACUGGGGUAUGGGAAAUGGGAUUCUAGCUGAAAGAAAUGUAAAGGUCCGACCAGAUUCAAUUGGGAUUUAUAGAUUGUGGGAAGCAUUUCUCAGAUGGAAUGGAGCAUUGCCCAGAUUAGAGUUGAGGUGCGUAUAAAAAUGCGUUGUGUCAUAAAUUGAACUAGAGUACAAACACAGUGCACGGAUUGACAAGGGUGUGUGACAUGGAGCAUCGCACUCGUUAAAUUGAUGUUGGACCAAAGAGACGAAUUGAAUACUGUACAUGGAUUGAAUGGAGAAAUGCCCAGGUUGUAUCAGGGUGCAAGGACUGAGUGGAGUAUUGCGUACAUUCAAUAAAAGGGAUAUGCAAACUGGAUGGUGCAAUGCACAGGUUGCAUUGUGGUAUUUGGACAAUGUUUUGCAUAAUUUGAGAAUAAGGGGGAAUAGGAAUACAGUAAAUAUGAGGUGAAAUUAAAUGUUUAAUAUGAUCUACUGAAUUGUAACCACCUGAACCACACUACAAUGUUGGCUGCCAAAUACAGAAGCCUCCGAAGUAAAAAGCAAUUGGAAGAAUCCAUGGCUUAGUAGUGUACAUUUAAAAACAUUGCUUAUCAUCAUAAUUCCUCAUGAACUGCAUGAAGAAUGUUAGUCUGAUGGAGUCUUCUGUUUAAAAGAGUUUAUUGUUCAUACACUUGAAGGACCUACAGAUAGACGACUGAAGGAAAUGUAGGAGGGCUUCACUUAUUUGCAUGCUCGAACAUCAAUGGUUUUCAAAUAAAUAUCUACAAAAUAUUACACUGAA